AUGGCUAUGAUAGUCACCAAUUAUGGAUACUUCUCCACCGCCUAUACUCAACCUGCGUGUCAACGAUACUACCCCUCGUGGCGCCUAUCUUCAAAGGCCAUUUUGGGGAUCAGGACAUUUAAUAUUGCAAGAAGAGAUAGGUGGAUAGGAAUUGUAUUAGCGUUGCUAUACCUCUUGUCAACUUUGGCGGAGUGGUUCGCUGAUCUAUUUCAUGGAAUCCCUAGUGUUAUUAAUGUACGUGACCCAAUGGAUCCUCAUCAACGUGCGAGGUGUGCGCCACCCCAGAGCAUGCCUACCAUUCUGCUGAAGCUCGUUGUCAUCUUUCCGCCCACCCACAACUACAAAGGAAAAUCAGGACAAGACACCCAACGCUUAGAAAACGUGAUUGUCACGUGUCCCACUCUCAGCGCGCAGAAAAAAGUGAUGACCGGUCUCCCCUUGCAGUUCGAGUCCAAGAGCAACUCCAAAGGCUCUAAAAGCGCUAGCGAUGCAGAGUUCAACAAGCCUACAUCGGCUCAUAAUUCCAACGAUAUGGAACUUGAUAUACGCAUAUGCGUCAAGCGCUCGGUGGUGGACUACAAGGAUGAAUCUGAGCAUUCGAGUUCAUGGGUGAAAUGA